CAGGCCUCUGGUAAGGAAGUGACGUAGUGCUGAAACUGGAAGGAGCCGGAAAAAGGCGGAUGUGAGCGCCGCCUGUGUGUCGCGACACCGCGUGACUGGCCUGUCGUGACAGAGGAGGCGCUGUGGGAGUUCGGUGGUGUCUGGACGGGUGAGAGAGAACUGGUAUCAUGGCGCGCGGGCAGCAGAAGAUCCAGUCUCAACAGAAGAACGCCAAGAAGCAGGCAGAGAAGAAGAAACACGGAAGUGACCAGAAAGCCGCAGCUAAGGCAGCCCUGGUCUUCACCUGUCCUGUGUGCAGAACUCAGAUGCCAGACCCAAAAACUUUCAAGCAGCAUUUUGAAAGCAAACACCCCAAGUCUCCGAUGCCUCCAGAACUUGUAGACGUGCAGGCGUAACUGGAAAUAACGAUGUAUCCUCAGCUGAUGAAUGCACUGAAUGAAGUGGGAUGAAUCUGGGCACACCUACCUGUUUUAUUUUAAGUUGGAGAAAAGCAACAUAAGAGUAUCUGGACUUGCAGCAACUAAUUACUCACGAUGUGGACUUGAUAUCCUAUUAGACAUGCGUUCGUGUGUCCGGUCAUAAUUCUGCGCUUUAAGACACCGGUCUGACCUUUGCUGAUACAGUUCAGUGGAUGGGUCAUGACUGAGGAAUAAAACAGUUCUGAAUUUCAUGCAGCGCCAUAAACACUAAGUGAAUAACCAAAAGCAGCAUCCAUAUUUCCUCCCUGUUUAUGCGGUCACGGGGGAGGGUUCCUUUUGCCUACUGAGGCAGAGCAAUAUAUUUUUGUUUGAAUUGCAUUCCAGUGCAGACCUUCCUAAUAUUGCAUCAUGUGCACAGAUCAUUCUGAACUAUUACUUGAUAUAGUGUGCCAAUGCCAAACACUUUGCACAUUACCUUGAUCUCACCAACCCCACCUGAGGUGACAACCACUUGAUAAAUUCGAUCUUGAUUAUCAUUAGUAACAUUAUUAUUAUUAUAAUUUUUUUUACUGAGUUUUUUUUUUCAUUUUCUUGACCAUAAAUGGCAAUUAAAAUGGUAAAUUUGCCUGUAUGUAAUUACUCAAAGUAAACCAGAUUUUGCCUUUUGAGGCUGUGUUCACAUGGGCAAAGUUUGCUGCAGAAAACAGUCAUAAUCCAAAUUUAAAAUACCACCAGCAGCUUGCUAUGUGAACCUAGUCUCAUUAGUUAUUUAUCAGGAUCUCAUGUUUAUUCCUAUUCUGUAUAAAAUCCUACCAAAUAUAUAAUUCAGUAAUAACCCAAAAAAUUUAACUUAUUUAUGUUUUAAUAGUUGGAGGAAGACGGGAAGAGUUAGAGGACCUUUCAUCAGUUUAGCCCUAGUCUAAUUAUGGCCUUACCUUAUAGGGCGGCCCCCACUGAUUCCAUGGCACUUUUUUUUUUUUUUUUCUCCAAAGGAACCCCCCCCCUUCAGUUCGUCCGCUGUUGGCCGCAUUGCAUUGAUUUCGGUGCCAUAUAUUAUAAUGAGCCGACUCAAUUAUACUAGGUGGAGACUCGCAGUUUCGCUCGGGGGCGGUUCUCUUCUCCCUGGCUGUGAGCGUAUCCAAUCAGAGCGCACCGCUCUUAGCCAGGGAGGAGCUUAUUCUCCCUGGCUAAGAGCAGUGUGCUCCGAUUGGAUGCACUCACAGCCAGGGAGAAGAGAACCGCGAGUCUCUGCCUAGUAUAACCGAGUCGGCUCAUUAUACUAUCAGGUGCCGAAAUCAACGUGGCCAACAGCGGGCGCCGGGGGGGUCUUUGAAAAAAAAUAAUAAUAAUAAGUGCCAUGGCAUCAGUGGGGGCCUCCCUAUAUAAGGUGAGACCAAAAUUAGACUAGGGUGAAACUGAUGAAAGGUCCUCUUUAAAACCAAUUGGCUGUCGAUUAGUAUUGGGCCAAUUUGCCCUCAACUACAUGACAACAUGUUUUCACUAUUAUAGGAGUUAAAAUGGUAACUUACCUUCCAAAUUCCUGUGUAUGCUUAUGUUAAGAAAGUAUUUUGUGUAACAAUCUUUAAUAAAUAUUUCAUUUGGAUUUUUU